CCUGCUCACCCCACGGAUAUUUCCCUGGACAUUCCACCCCCAACAUGUCGAACCAAGACUAUAAAUAUUUCCGGGUCACUAUUCCAGAACCAUGGAUCGCCCACGUUGAGAUCAAUCGCCCGGGCCAAGUGAACGCCUUUUUGGAAGAUGGAUGGCGCGAGAUGCGAACCGUCUUCGACAAUCUCUCCACAGACCCAUCUGUUCGUGCGAUUGUUUUCUCCGGAUCAGGCGAGAAGGGGUUCUCAGUUGGCAUUGAUCUGAAAUGGGUUUCCGGCCAAGAUUCACCGUUUAUGGUUGGGCCGGGCGAGGGCGUCGACCCGGGUAGACGUGCAGUCACUAAGCUUCGGAGAUUUGGUGUUGAAUUCCAGGAGUGUAUCUCGAGUAUUGAGAAGUGUGAGAAGCCGGUUAUCUGUGCGAUGCAUGGCUAUGCAUUAGGAAUGGCCAUGGACGUCUGUUCGGCGACGGACAUGCGGAUCUGUUCGAAAGACACGGUCUUCUGUGUCAAGGAGGUUGAUAUCGGCAUUGCCUCUGACAUUGGGAUUCUGGCACGACUACCCAAGGUCGUCGGGUCAUACACCUGGGUCAAGGAUGUGGCGAUGUCCGGCCGAAACUUCGAUGCAGAUGAGGCGCUUCGAGUUGGGUUUGUGAGUCGCGUUCUCCCAACGAAGAAGGAUGUGAUGCAGGAAGCAUUCAGAGUUGCGAGGAAUCUCAGUGAGAAAAGCCCAGUUGCGGUUCAGACGAUCAAGCACUUCCUUGAUUACAGUCGAGACCGCACUGUCCCAGAAGGACUUCAAUACCAGCUAGCUUACAACGUCGCUGCGGUUCAAACCAGGGAUGUUCCAGUUGCUAUUUCGUCCAUGGUAUCGAAAAAGAAGCCCGUCUUUGGAAAGCUCUAAUAGGUUAGAACUGAAAGGCCAUUGGCAGGCUUGGUACAUGGUCCCCAAAUUGUGCUUAUAUCAUUUAUGCCGAAUCCAUUUCAAGAUAUGUUAAUAUUUUAAUGCAUCCAGUCAACAAACCUAGUCAAAUACAGCAUUGAAAAUGGUCAUUGACUGGCCAUAACAGUCACGGCAGCAGUAUUUUUCGCCCGUCCCCUCAGCAGAUGGUAGAGCAGUUUCC